AUGACCGUUUUAGGCCGAUCGUCACCGAGAACGAUUCACCCAUUGUUUGUGAGCGAAGAACGUUUGACUGUAAACCACAUUAUAUCAACAUACUUCCUCAUUUCAAUGGGAGGUCUAAUGAUGAGCCCUACACACAUCUUGCAGAAUUUUCUUCAGUUUGCAACACUAUUGGGGGGGCAUAACUUUGCGUUAGAAGAAGUUAAACUUCGCUUGUUCCAAUUUUCACUAAAGGACAAAGCGAAGCAAUGGUUUCUUACACUCCCAGCCAAUAGCAUCCGCACAUGGGGGGAAAUGCAACAAGCGUUUUUGGAUGAGUACUACUCUAUGGCAAAGACCGACGACGCUCGUGAUGAAAUUAGGUCUUUUCGCCAAUUAUCGGGCGAAUUGUUGCAUGAAGCCUUCACAAGAUUCAAAGAAAUGAUGCGGAGAUGUCCACAUCAUCAAAUUGAGAAGUGGGAAUUGGUAAAGUGUUUUGUUCGAGGGUUGGAUGACACAACAUGGAAUCGUCUCGAGUCGACGAGUAACGGGACUCUUUUGAGCAACCAUGAAGACGAUGAUUGGGAAUUCUUGGAGCGAAUGAGUAAACGUUCGAAAGAGAAAGAGUCGGCCGAUCGAGCCAAGAAACAUCCUAUUUCCCGUUCACUUCCCGAUCUUGAUUCUAAAGAUCGGAUUUCUACUUUAGAGCGGGAAAUGGCUCGAAUGAAGAAGAAAGAAGUUAAUGCGGUCCAGUUUGAUGUGUGUGAGGAAUGUGGUGAUAUUGGACAUAGAGCAGAACAAUGUCCAACAGGACCGGAGGAAGUCAAUCAAAAUUAUAAUAAUCAAGGCGGUAACGGAAGCGAGUCGAACAAUCAAACCGGUGGCGAUGACUUGAGUGCCAAGAUGGAUGCCUUGCUGAACAUGCAAAAGGAAUCUCAAAGCAACAUAAAAGAGACUCACAAUGAUGUCAAAGAGAUGAAGAAGACAAACGAGAUUCGAGAUAAAGCACAUGAGGCAUUGGCAAAGCAAGUGGGCCAACUUGCUCAAGAGAUAGCUCAAGUGAGAGGAAGCAUGGGAAAACUUCCAAGUGACACUACAGUGAACCCGAAGCAUCAAGGUUUUAGCACAAGCAACGUGAGGGAUGCACGCGUUAGCGCGGUAAGUAUUCUUUUAAAUGAUGAAGUUUGUAGUGUUGAAAACAUUCCACCACCACAAUUCGUUGAUGGUGUAGUGGAAAAUAUAGGUGAGGAGCCGGAAAGUGAAAAUGAACACGAAACGAUUUCACAAAAUGACAUUAAAAAGGUUCCGGCUCAUGUGGAAUGCUUAAAGGAGUUAAGCAUUGAAAAACGGCACAACAAAUUACCCAAACCGGUUGAUUUGAUAUCUCAUGUGAGUGCCGUUUUAUCGAGUGCCCUUCCCCCAAAAGCUCAAGAUCCAGGAGAUCCUCUUAUUCCAAUUCAAAUUGGAACAUUUAAAAUUGAGAGGGCGCUCCUAGAUCUUGGAGCUUGUGUGAGCAUCUUGCCCGGGAGUUUGUAUAACCAAUAUGAUUUUGGUCCAUUAAAAAAUUUUGAUACUCCCGUGGUAUUGGCCGAUCAGACUCCCAAGUAUCCAAGGGGGAUGGUGGAGGAUGUGAUUGUUAAGGUGGAUGAUUGCUACUACCCAGUUGACUUUUUGGUAGUAGACUAUGUUGGGUGUGUUGGGGACACCCAACCGAUAGUCAUACUGGGUAGGCUGUUCCUGGCAACUGCUAAUGCCAUAAUAAAUUGUGCAACGGGAACGCCAAAUUAUAAACCGAUCGGAGAGAACAUUGUGAGAGAUGUGCAUGAUUUGUCGGUUUCACGGGCGGGUUUAAUGGAGUUUAAGGGCUUUUCGGGAGCUUUACAGGCCACCGGGAGCAAACGGGAUCAACCGGGGAUGUGA